GGCUCUCAAGCGGCGCUACGUCAACGUAACUUGUUCCGCUCUCUCAGGCGGGGCGCGCUUUUGAUUUGGUUUGUACCAGUAUUUCCUCCGUGCGUUUUACGAAGUGAAAGGAAGAGUGUGUGUGUCGAUCUGACGGACGAGGAACUGGCUGUGACUGGAUUCGAGGCGCCGCCACCGCAGCCCGUAAUUCUCGCUGUGGCUGUAAAAUGGCGGCGGUCGAGGCCAACAUCGAGUUUUCGAAACGGCUCCAGAGCCGUUUGGAGCGCGUGAGCGAGCUGGCCGAGUUCGCGCGGGAAUGCGGCCACUCCAUCAACGGCAUCCUCUCCGAACUGGGCUGGAGUGGAGAGGGCCUAGGCCUCAGCAUCCCCCUUGCCGGGACACAGCCGCCUGAUCCCACUGUCACUUGCCCAUUUGAUGCAAAUCACAGGCUUCCAAAAUCAUUACUGGAAAAACAUACUGCAUCUUGUAGACUGAGGAAACUGGAAUAUUCUCCAGAAGAAGAGGCUGAAAUGUAUGAUCCCUCAUUUGCCUAUGAGAAAACUGUGGUGUCUACUUUUAAAAUGGAUAAAGAUUUGCAAGCUCAGAUAAUUCAACAAGCAAAAAGUAAAGCUCCACUUGGAAAAGAAGAUAAAGUGUUUUCUCAAGGUGAUUAUUCGUCAAUACCUUGUGAGGUUCCUGAGAAUCAUAAGCGUUUCAUCUGUGAUCUAACUCCUGCUGAUCGCCUAGCUAUCUACGAACAUGUUGUUCAAGAAACCAGUCAGCAAAGAACUAAAUCUUUUGAAAAUGAUGGUGAUUUGUAUGUGGACCUUGCUGCAAAACUUAGCCGAGAUGAUGAACAGAAAGGACCAAAGUCUCAUCUUGAAAUUCUUGCUGAAAUGAGAGACUAUAAACGUCGUCGUCAAUCGUACAGAGCUAAGAAUGUUCAUAUAACAAAGAAAUCUUACACAGAGAUAAUUAAGGAUGUUAUUAGUGUACAUAUGGAAGAAUUGUCAAGACAGUGGAAAGAUCAGAAUGACUCUGGGAGCUCAGAAGAACAUGAUGACCAAAACUGUUCAUUAUCUUUGAAAAGCUCUUCAGUUUCUCGCAGGAGAAGAUCUGGUGAUAAAAGAUCUCCUUCAAUGGAAUCUAAAUCUACUGGAAGUAGUAAGACUGUAGAACAUGACAGCAGGAGAAAGAACCACAGCCAAAGUCCAUGUGAACGGAGAAGUCCAGAUUGGGAUAAAGAAAGAGAUUCAAGAAAAAGACGAGAGAAGGACCAUCAUCCUCGAGAUGAGGACCGACAUCGAAAUUACAAGCGGCGCAAGUGAACUGGAAGUACAGAUACAGUGAAGCCCCGGAAUCCGACUUGUAAAGGAAUUUAUAAGUACUGAGUUCAAACUCUGACUUCUUUUUAAGAAACUGUACUCUUAAAUGAAUGUGCAUCCAGCCAUGGACAAAGAGUAAAUUGUUGAACAUCCAGUUGGUAUAACAGUGAACAUCAUCUGAAUGCAGUCACCCCAUUAUUACUUAACUGAUGUCAGCAGUAGUGAAGUGAAAAGUGUAAGAAUAGUUCUCACCAGAAUGUAUUGUGCAAAUGAAUUUAUAUAUUUUAGUACAAGUCUGGAUACCAUGAGUUUUAAAUAAUAUUUCCGAGUUGCUGAAUUUCAUUUCAGUGUGUGACAUUGUCUGAACUGUUAGAACUGUUUACAGCACAGUACUCUUGAAUACCAGUUCAUCUCCAUAUGGUUCCCUGCUUACCAACUGUAAUUUAUGCAUAUGUUCAAGAUUAUCUUUUUUAAUUAAAUGUUUAAACCAUAAACUGAAUUCAAAUGGUUUAGAAAAACAUUUAUUCAGUUUGAAAUAAAAUUUCCCUCUGGUCAUAUUUUGAGCAGCAUUUUUUAAAUUAGAAAUUACGGUUUUAUGAACUUAAGACAAUUAUCUCCUCUACAUGUCAUAUAAAUAAUGAUUGGAAUAAUUCUUGGGCUGUGUAAUAUUACUGACUGUGAAACUUCAGUUUUGUACACAUUUAAGAAAGGUAUUCAAAUGUCUGCAUUUAAAAGAAACAAAUACAUACUGGAUAACAAGUUCCUUGUUAGUUUACUUCAAGAAAGACCUUCAGAAAAACUUGCAUUUGUGUACACCUCCAUCUGUGGUGCAUCUUCAAGAUAUUGAAAACUACUUUACAACAAAUGGAUUACUUUUGAACUGCAGUCAUGCAGACAGCCAAAUCUGACAUGGCAAAUGACACAACAACUAAACCUUACAUUUGUGUUAGUUGUGGAAUGUGAGAAACGUCUGACCUUUUUAAUGUGGGAUCUUUUGAGUAAUGUUGUGCCACGUAGUCUGCUUACCCUGUAUAUCUGGCAAAAGGCUGUGAGUUGACUCUUAAUCAAUAAAUAUCAUUUUAUAUUACUAUUAUAACACAAUUAAUACUAUAUUAAUGACUAUGCUACAACUAACAAUUAACACUAUAAAUCUGACAAUUAAUACUGUAAAUCUAAGUCAGCAUCUUGUACUUUAACUUAACUUGGAAUGUUCAAACAUCACUACACUAGAUCUUGGCAUUGAUCUACGUGGUGACGAUCUUCCUCUCUCUGGUCCCGGGGAUGCCUCUUUAUGGUGGUUGAUCUUGAGUUACUGCUCCCAAGGGGGGGUGUUGUGGUGAAAGUUAUCCUUGGAAGCUUCCAUACUCCUUUGGGAGGAUCUUCAAAAUCUUACCAAUGGAUCAAUCAGGAAUUGAUCCCCCUAAUUGACUGGAUCCAGACAGGCAGUGGGGUAGUCUUUGGUCCUCUAUUUCUGAAAGUGUAAGAGGCACGUAAGUCAUGUAGACUAGAUAAGAGUGUGAGAUGUCCCUUUGUUCCGGAAAAGCUUGAUGUUUCUUAUUCUCAUGUGUUGUCUGCAGCUUGUUUAUUUCAGAAUCUUUGCACAGAUACUUUGGUCAAUACUUGGCUUGAUUUCCCAGCAUGCUUGGUGAAUUAUCAGAUUCUCCCAUUUUUGAGUGGCCCGUCCAGCUACAGUAAGCACGGGGUACCUCAUCUGACAUACUGCACUUCUGACACUGCAGAACUUCUGUCCUUCAAGCGAAUUAUUAGUUAAAAUUAUUUGCUCAGCUCUUGAGGUUUGAAUUUACAACUGGAAGAAACAGUGCUAACAACUGAGUGAAACUUAAUAUUGUAUUUACAACCAUGAAUAGAUUGUUCAGUGCUUCGCACUAAAAUAAUAUAUCUGGCUUCCUCGAAUUUCUAGGAAUAAACCACUGUUUUAUCCAACAUUUGGAUUUUUGUUUCUGUGAUUAUAUUAUAAUUUGAUUUUACCUUCAGUAUAGAGUCAAAGACUUGGAUUUAUUUAGAGCUUUACUGAUCACUGGCUCUAAAACACAUAGCCAAAUGCCUUCAAUCUUUCUGAAGUUCAUCAUGCUGUAGACACAGGCAGCCAGUUAGAACAUUGCCAGCUCCCACAAACAGCAAUACCACAAUGACCAGAUAAUGUGGUUUCCUGGUACUAAUUGAGGGACAAAUAUAGAUUGGAACACCACGGAUAGCUCCCCAACUUUUCUUCAAAAUAAUGAUCUGGGAUCUCUGCAUCUACCUAAGAGGGUGGUUUAGAGUCUUAUCCAGAAGGUAAGAACAGGACUCUAACCUUAAAAGUGUGAAUGAAGUCAUGUUUAUAUUGUCUAUAGGAGGACUACAAAAACAUUUCAACAAUGUUUAACAAUCAUAAAUUUCCGGUCAAUUCUGAUUUAGGAUGGUGAAUCAAUAUUUUCAUAAAAAUUUCUUUAAAUUUCUUGCCCAAGGUCAGAUCCCAAGAUGUUUACGCACAAUAUAUCUGCAAUGUCAGUGUGGUAUUUGCCCUGCACUGACCUUGCAAUAGCGUGUGUACUUUUUCUGCAACUGACUUCUUGCAGAAAGUAAAGAAACCUCGCAAUUUGUUUUAAAGGAGCCUGUUUUUCUAUGGGCUACAUAUCUGAAAUAAUAAGCUGGUAUGACUGACUGCACAUUUUAAGAUUUAUUUUGUUACAAUUCUAGCGGCUUUACCUAGUGUUAUUUAACUCAAUUCUUAACUGGUCUUAGAAUUCUAACUUUCUAAAACUAAACCUGAGUUGCAUGCAGCGGUAGGCAGGAACGUACACUGCAAACAAUGUGACUUCCUCUUGUUAUUUGGGGAAAAGUCAACCUCACUCUAUUGUAUCAUAUGCACUUAUUAAAAGAUAAACAAUCUUGAGAUUUUAGAGCCUCCUGUGGAACAGGUAAGAACAUCAGCCUACCACCCAUUUAUUUUGCUGGACUUGGUGGAAUUGGAAACUUGGUUUUAAUUACUGUUAUUGUGGAGAUAUUGACUUGUAGACCCUAACUUGUCAUCCAUUUUAAACAAAUCCCCAAAAGGGGAUAUUAAAAUGCUGUAAAUAA